AUGGAAGAUCUCACUCUUGACGGGAAAGUAGCUAUAAUAACUGGCUCAUCCCGUGGCAUAGGCGAAGGGCUUGCAGUUGAAUUUGCUAGACGAGGAGCAAAGGUGGUAGUUACAUAUACCAGCGAGUCCAGUUCAGCCAAAGCUGACAAUAUCCUAUCCCGCCUGGCAGACUACAAAUAUGGACGCUCUGCUAUCACAGUCCAAGCCGACCUACGCACGAUGGAUGGACCGUCACAGGUGAUUGCCGCGACGAUAAAGGCCUUCCCUGAUGAGGGCAUCAGUAUCCUCGUCAAUAACGCCGGUUGCGAGGUGCAGAAGCGCUUGUCUGAAGCCACUGUGGAGGACUUGGCGUAUGUCCACGACCUAAACGUGCGAGGUACCAUGUUGAUGACGCAAGCUGUCCUGCCCCAUCUGCGACGACCAGGCCGCAUCAUCAAUAUCGGCAGUGUCGGUGCACGAGCGGGGUUUCCUGGUUAUUCUCUUUAUGCCUCCAUCAAUUGCGUCAAUCCCGGUCCGGUAGAUACGGACAUGAUCUAUCAAAUCAACCCGGCAAUUGUCGAAGCACAAAAGAAAUCCACCCCGGUUGAACAAAGGCUUGCCACGGUGGAUGAUAUCGCGCAGAUAUGUGCCUUCUUGGCGGAAGAGCGGAGCAGAUGGGUUACUGGACAAACGAUAUCGGCGAGUGGAGGCUGGACAAUGUACUGA